AGGUUUGAAAUUUUAUCUCCAACCAUGCGGCCAGUUGCUGUUGAAGAUACAUUGAUUUUACUGCAGUUUUUAUGUGGUUUCAAGUUGGUUACGGUUACCCAAAGUUGUCAAUAUGGCAUUUAAGGACUGGAUAAUACUCAUUUUGCUCAUUGGUUGUUUUACAUGUCCAGUCGCAAACACAAAAUGCCAAAACACUCCAAGGAUCGUGUUUGCAAUCGAGUCGUCCCAGGCAAUCUCCGAAAUAGACUUUGAAAAUCAACGAAUUUUGAUCAAUACGGUUGUGUUGAAUCUGGAGGGGAAUGCAGCUGAUGUUGCUGUCGUACUUUAUAAUACAGACGUCCACGUAAACAUUACGUUUGGUCAGUUUCACGAAUUUGUGCCUUUGCACAAUGCUGUCUCUAGUCUGUUGCGUCUGACACCGGUAUCCAGCGGGAGCGAUUUGGAAAAACUGUUCAACACUACGUUCACGAGGACACCAGAGGCAUUCUUGAUGUUGAAAAGGGAAGUAAAUUCAAUCUACCCAGAGGGGUUUAAAGUCCCUGAUGGAAAGCUUGGAGGAGUUAAAAAGAUUGCUGUCAUUUUUGAUAAAGCAAGUAAUAUCAGAGAUAUUGCUGACUUUCACGAUGUAAUUCAUGUUGUUGACUCCGACGACUUUUAUAAUUCUUCAGUGUCUGACAUGGUUACGGAGGCACUAUGUUACGCCUUGAUAUCCAGAUCCAGAUCCAGUUCAACCAAAACAACGGCAACUUCAAUCCAGAUCUAUCGUAGCUCUGUCAAGGAAUCUGGAAGCAUCCCUAGCGGUGCAAACUAUGUUUCUGCGUCUUCAUCAGCUUUUAUUUCUCUAACCUCACCAGCAAGUGAAACUAGAAUGUCUUCAGAACAAUCAACGCAGCAUACAUCUUUAACCGGACCACCUCUCAUGACUUCUGUGUUUAACGUUUCCUUCAUUACCACGCAGCCUGUUAUGAAUGAAAUGACUCAUACAGUUUUUGUCUCCAGCGUUUCACACUCGUCAAAUUUAAUGACGUCUUUUAGAGAAAAAAACAAAACGCAAGUUUUGGAUGUUGCCUCAAUCGCAAGAGUACCGAACACAUCACAACUAAUAAACCUUGUUACAAUUGCACCUUCUACGACAGUCGAAGUUACGGUUAUGGCGUCGAGAACCAAUCAGGACAGAGAAGACCUUAUAAAGAAACUGCUGGAGGAUCGUAGAUUUGUCUUGAACUUCAACAACACACACAUUGACGUCGAAAACAGCACAUUUCUCGAGGAUUAUUUUAGAAAAUCUGCAUCCCUUCUGCAAUUUGGAGACUUUUUGGACAGCAUUACGAACGCAUCUCGUCUAAUAUCAACUCCGUUGGACGUUCUCCAUGCUUUGGAGAAGUUCACUGGAAUGAUUGGAGAAGCAAUAAGAAAGAAAAACGUUAGGAAUUCCGGCGAUUUAAAAUUUCAUGCAGGGGGCCUUGUGUCACGCAUUCUGCUAGUCAACAUAUCUACCUUUCAAGGGAUACAGUUAGGAAUUCUUGACGCAGAUAACAGCUCAGUCUUUUUCCCAAGAGAAGUAUUUAGUCACGUGAUUGGCAAUGCAAUCAAAGAUACCGCCGUGUUGGUUAGUCUGGUGUUUGAUCCAUUCCAAGUGCUGCAGGAUCCCCACACAUUUGACAACUCUGAAGAUAACCAGACAGUGGCAAGUAAGGUUGUUAAUGUCUUCACACAGCCACCACCACCAAGUCAAUUGUCCAGACCAGUUAAAAUUGAUGUGAAACACAAUAAAAAUGACUACUCUACUCCUCAGUGUGUUUUCUGGGACUAUACACAAAGGAGUGCGCGUACUCCAUUUGGGGAAUGGUCCAAACGAGGCUGCUAUGUGUUUUCUAGUAAUGAGGGACACACAGAGUGCCACUGUGAUCACAUGACCAACUACGCAGUGCUCAUGGGCACUACAAAACAGGUCCUAUGCGCCAAGGAUGAACACAUAUUAAGUGUGCUGACUUACGUUGGAUGUUCUUUUUCCAUUGUUGGCGUCUUCCUUACUGCUAUCACCUUCUUGUCAUUACCGGUAAUCAAAUGUGACAUCACAAAGAUUCAUUUGAAUUUGUCAAUCGCCGUUGGAGUUGCACAAGUCCUCUUUUUGGCAGCGGGAUCCGAAAAUCUUGUUCAGCGUGGGGUUAUCUGCAAACUCUACACUGGAUUGCUAUUCUACUGCUUUAUGGCUGUAUUCACAUGGAUGUUCGUUGAAGGAGUGCAUCUUUAUCAAAUGAUCGUAAUAGCUUUUGUCAGCCGGAGCAUGAUCAGAUUUUAUUUCACUCUUGGCUGGGGUCUUCCUGCUUGCAUUGUUGUAAUUGUUACAAGCAUCGCAGGAGACGGAUUUGGAACGUCAAACUUUUGUUGGUUAUCUCCAGUGGGUGGUGCAAUCUGGGGCUUUGUUGGACCAGCGGUUGCAGUUAUAGGGAUCAACUUAUAUGUGUUGGUUUGUGUUCUUCGUGUUCGAAUUAACAUCAGCAAGAGAGAAGGAUUGAGGGCUCAAUUAAGAACAAGUGCACGUGUCUCCCUAGUCUUGCUACCUCUUCUUGGCAUCUCUUGGUUUUUUGGAGUAUUAGCAGUAAAUGAUCACUAUGUUGUGUUCCAGUAUAUUUUUACAAUAUCCAACUCAUUACAGGGACUGCUGAUUUUCAUAUUCCAUUGCAUUGGCAACUCGGAGGUACGGCACGAAUUUCAAAGAAAAGCUUCCCAUCUGAAUUGGAUGCGGAGUCCUACCAGUCCCUCCUCUCUCAGUACCGCCCGUGUAUCUCAGUUACCGUUAGAAGAGGUCAAGCCUAACAAAAAAAGGCUGGCUUGGGUCGACGGAAAUAUUUAGUAUGGUAAAGAUAGACCGCGAAGUAAAUUAGCAAGUUCCAGGCGGCGUUAUGAAGAUGAAAACAAAACACCUUUGCUGAGUGAGUUAUUCCAGACGUCUGCAAAGGGAAACAACUACUGGUGCUAUUGUUUUCAUUCGGUGCUUCUUUACGAUAACUGACUUGCUCCAAGGACGUUUCCUAUUCCUGUACUCUGUGUCGUCCCUUCAGGAGAAAACAAGCCCUUGAGGCGCCCUACUACACUUUCGAGGGAGCGAAAGAACUCAACACUAGUUGAAAACUAUUUUUUUCAAAGCGGCGUUUAAACCUGCAGUUGCGUUUAAUCAGAUAAGAACUUCUCCACACCGUGCAAGUUCCCACAGGAUUACUUUUACGCUUAAGGCUGCCGCACACUAGCCUAUUUUUUGUCGUAGAACUGCAGAUUUUUUGUCGGA